GGAAACGCCACCCCUGCCAUCCUCCCCAGGGGCCCCACAUCACCAUUUAUCUCAGAGAGCGAGAGAGAGAGAGAAAGAGAGAGCGAGAAGAAGAGGAAUGAUGUGGGAAGGCGGAGAAUCUGCUGCUGCAGGCGGAGGUUGCGCCGGAAGUAGUAGCGGGCGGAGGAAGCCGUCGUGGAGGGAGAGGGAGAACAACCGGAGGAGGGAGAGGAGGAGGAGAGCCAUAGCUGCUAAGAUAUAUGCCGGUCUUCGAGCUCAGGGGAACUACAAUCUGCCCAAGCACUGCGAUAAUAACGAGGUCCUCAAGGCUCUCUGCGCCGAAGCCGGCUGGAUUGUCGAGCCCGACGGCACCACUUACCGCAAGGGACGGAAGCCGAGCAGCAGCCCGAUCCCAAUGGAGAUCGGAGGCACUUCGACGAACAUCACCCCAAGCUCUUCGUGCAAUCCCAGCCCUCCAUCUUCCUACUUUGCCACCCCUAUCCCUUCUUACCAAGUCAGUCCAUUGUCCUCUGCCUGCCCCAGCCCAACCCGUGGCGGCGGCGACAACAACUCGUCCUACCCAUUUGCAUUCCUCCAUAGUGGGAUCACCUCAUCACUCCCUGCCCUGAGGAUCUCAAACAGUGCCCCUGUAACUCCACCUCUCUCUUCCCCUACCAGGAAUAAACAGACUUUCAACCUGGAAACUCUGGCCAAACAGUCCAUGUCGGCAUUCAAUGUCUCUAAUUACUUUGCUUCUGCCCCAAGCAGCCCGACCCGCGGGCAGCGCUUCCCUGCAACCAUUCCGGAAUGCGACGAAUCUGACACUUCCACCAUUGAUUCGGGACAGUGGAUGAGCUUCCAGAAGUAUGCACCGACUUCCCCGACAUUCAAUCUGGUGAAACCUGCACCUGCUGCUGCUACUCAGGGGGGUCCUUCCAGAGGGGAUGGGUUCUUGUUCAAUGAGGAAGGGAAGAUGAGCAUGGAUUUUGACUUUGAGAAGGUUGCGAUGAAGGCAUGGGAAGGGGAAAGGAUUCAUGAGGUGGGUUUGGAUGAUCUGGAGCUCAAGCUUGGAAGCAGUCGCACUUGUUCAUCAUGAUGAGGAACUCCGGUUCAAAUUCUUUGCUUUAAAAAAGAAGGAAAAAAAAAUUAAUUUUUACCUUGUUAACAGAAAGGAGUUACAUGUAGAUAUAUAUUAUUUGGAGUUGAGAUCCCUCCUCUCAUUGCAGUGGAGAUUUAACAAUUUCUCUGCAAAUUUGAACUGUCCCCCCUCGGAAUUUAUGUUGAAAUACAGUUGCAAUUCUCGUUUGUGUUCGGUUAUUUAAAUUACUCCUUAUAAAUUACUGUAUCUAUU